AUGGCGGCCUUUGCAGCUAUCUUGGUUGGGGUUUCCAUGUCCCUACGCUUCCAGCAUGCGCUCGCCCAACCACCAACAGGCCUCACAUUGACAGGCCAUAUUGUGCCCAGCCAGAUCUUCAGCUUCGUAUACGUCCCCUUCGAGGUUCCUCCCACUGUAAGUUCCAUCUUCGUGAACCAGACAUAUUCCUACCAAGGUGCCGGAAACUCUCUCGAUCUCGGAAUCUUCGACCCGCAGGGCUAUGCCCCGAUCAAUGCGGAGACUGGAUACACUGGGUCGCGCGGCUGGUCAGGCGGAUUCAGAUAUAACUUUACCAUCUCUGCCGCAGACGCGACGCCAGGCUAUAAUGCCGGCCCCAUCCUCCCAGGCACAUGGAACGUCGUCCUCGGCCCUUAUGCAACCAACCGCUCAGGCAUCGAUUGGAAACUCGACAUUUCGCUGUCACACACGCUCUCGAAUGCUACACCAUGGUCUCCAUCCCUGCCUCCGAUGUACAAAGGCCCUCUGACAGCUCCAACCUGGCUCCGCGGCGAUUUCCACAUGCACUCCAUCUACUCCGAUGGCAGGUACCUACCUUCUCAACAGAUAAACAACGCCCUGGCACAGGACCUGGACUUCAUCUUCUUCUCGGAGCAUAACACGGACGGCGGUAACAACGACAUAGCCCGGUGGAUCCCGGCCAACGCCUCAGAGCUGCUGAUCUGCCGCGCCAUCGAAGUCACCACGCGUUUCGGGCACUGGCAAGCCAUCGGCCUCGAGCGAGGACAGCAAGUCGACUGGCGGUAUACGAAUGCCUCGAACGAUGGCGGGUUCGCCGACGCGGCAACACAGGUGCUCAACAGUGGUGGCGUGGUCUCGAUAAAUCAUCCCUUCACGAACUGUUCCCGCUGCGACUGGACCAUGGGCGAUUGGGAGCACAAUCAGGCUAUUGAGGUGUGGAAUGGGCGGUAUGACGAGCUCGACGGGCGUGCAGUCAAAUUCUGGCAGGGCGAAUUGGCCAAUGGAAAGAAAGUCGCCGCCAUCGGUGGGAGUGAUGCGCACAGUUUCCCGGACAUGGUCGGGAUACCAACAAGUGUGGUCCUGGUGGAGGAGGAGAAGAGUCAAUCGGCUAUAGUUAGAGCCGUGAAGAAGGGACGAGUGUACUUGGUUGAAGGUCCUGGCAUGGAGAUCGAGUUUGAGGUGUUGUAUGCUGGCGGGGCGGCGGCGAUGGGUCAAACGAUCGCUUUGGACGGGGCGAACGCGACCGCACGGUUUGUGGGCAAGGGCUUCGAUGGAGCGCAGGCGUGCUGGGUCAGUGAACGAGGAUAUUUCAGGAACGUGUCCGUUGUGGAUGGGCAGAAGAUUGAACAGGUCGUGGCAAACAUGCAGUUCAUCAGGGUUGAAGUGAGGAAUUCUUCGGAUACUUUGCUGGGACUGACGAAUCCUGUGUAUCUGGCAUAA